AGGGGGUCUGUCUGUGAAGUCCACACAGCCGAACUUCACACUCUGUCUGCUCUGUUGGAUUUUCGAGCUCGGCCUUGUCCGAUUCCUACGUUUGUCCGGAGGUUUGGGAGGAGCAUGAUGCGGGUCCGGCUGGUUCUGCUGCUGCUCGCCCUACAGGUGUUUACCUGGGCUCAGGAGGAUGAGGUCUUCGUGGGUCAGGAGGACAUUGUCCUCCCGGAGUUCAGUGACGUCUGCACCGAGGGCAGCUGUUACCCGGCAACAGGAGACCUUCUGAUUGGCCGAGCCCAUCAACUGUCAUCCACGUCCACCUGUGGCUUGAACCGACCUGAACCGUUCUGCAUCGUCAGUCACCUGCAGGAAGAGAAGAAGUGUUUUGUCUGCAACUCGGCGGCGCCCUACAAUGAGCUGGCCAAUCAAACCAGCAACCAUCGUGUGGAGAACGUGGUCACAACAUUCGCUCCCAACAGACUGAAGACGUGGUGGCAGUCAGAGAACGGUUUGGAGAACGUCACCAUCCAGCUGAACCUGGAGGCAGAGUUUCACUUCACCCACUUGAUCAUGACCUUCAAGACAUUUCGUCCUGCUGCCAUGGUGAUCGAGCGGUCAGCUGAUUUCGGGAAGACGUGGCAGGUUUACCGUUACUUCGCCUACGACUGCGAGUCAUCUUUUCCCUCCGUUUCCCGUGGUCCCAUGCAAAAGGUGGACGACGUCAUCUGCGACUCCCGUUACUCUGACAUCGAACCAUCGACAGAAGGAGAGGUGAUUUUCAGAGUUCUGGACCCGGCGUUCAGGAUCGAUGACCCAUACAGCCCCAGAAUCCAGAAUAUGUUGAAGAUCACUAAUCUGAGGGUGAAGUUCACCAAACUGCACACACUCGGAGACAACCUGCUAGACUCUCGAAUGGAAAUCAAGGAGAAGUAUUACUACGCCGUCUACGACAUGGUGGUCAGAGGAAACUGUUUCUGCUACGGACACGCUUCUGAGUGCGCCCCCAUCCAUGGAUCCGGCCAGACCAGAGAGGGCAUGGUUCAUGGUCACUGUAUGUGUAACCACAACACCAAAGGACUGAACUGUGAACAGUGUCAAGAUUUUUACCAUGAUCUGCCCUGGAGACCAGCUGAGGGACGCAACACCAACGCCUGCAAAAAGUGCAACUGUAACCAUCACUCAGACUCGUGUCAUUUCGACAUGGCUGUGUUCGUGGCCUCUGGAAACGUUAGUGGAGGCGUCUGUGACAACUGUCUGCACAACACAGCUGGACACAACUGUGAGCAGUGCAAACCAUUUUACUUCCAACAUCCAGAGAAAGACAUCAGAGACCCCAACAUCUGCGAACCCUGUAACUGUGACCCUCUGGGCUCUUUGAAUGGAGGGAUAUGUGACAGGAUGACGGAUGUUCGGUCUGGUCUAAUCGCUGGUCAGUGUCGCUGUAAGGUCAAUGUGGAGGGGGAACGGUGCGAGCGCUGCAAACAGGCACAUUAUGGCCUCAGCGAUGAUCCUGAAGGCUGCAAAGCGUGUACAUGCAGCCCUCUGGGAACUGUUCCUGGAGGAAAUCCUUGUGACAGCGAGUCAGGAAGCUGCUUCUGUAAACGACUGGUGACCGGACGAAACUGUGACCAGUGUGUGUCUGAACACUGGGGUCUCAGUAAUGACAUGGACGGAUGUCGACCAUGUGACUGCGAUCUGGGAGGAGCCAUUAACAACCAGUGUGAUCAGGUGACUGGCCAGUGUGUCUGCAGAGAUCACAUGUUCGGUCGCCGCUGUGAUCAGGUCGAGUCCGGGUUCUACUUCAUCGCUCUGGAUCACUACACGUACGAGGCAGAGGACGCCAAGUUUGGACCUGGAGUGACAGUGGUGCCGAGGCCACACCCCCUCGACCGCAGUCCCACCUGGACAGGUAUCGGCCUGGUCAACGUCCCCGAGGGAGCCUUCCUGGAGUUCUCUGUAGACAACAUCCCUCAUUCCAUGGAGUAUGACAUCCUGAUCCGUUAUGAGCCUCAGCUGCCUGACCAGUGGGAGGAGGUCCUGAUGACAGUCAUGAGACCUGGACCAAUCAGAGCUGAUAGCCGCUGUGUCAACACUGUUCCUGAUGACGACAACCAGAUGAUCUCACUUCACCCCGGCUCACGAUACGUGGUUCUUCCUAGACCAGUUUGCUUUGAAACUGGUCUGAACUACACGGUCCGCCUCAGCCUGCCUCUGUACUCUGCGCUCAGUGACGUCCAGUCUCCAUACACCCUUAUUGACUCGAUCGUGUUGAUGCCUCACUGUAAGAACCUGGACAUCUUCACGGCGUCUGAGGGUGGAGACUCGAGCGGACACAACAGCUGGGAAACCUUCCAGCGUUAUCGUUGUCUGGAGAACAGUCAGAGCGUUGUAAAGACUCAGAUGACUGACAUCUGCAGAAACUACAUCUUCAGCAUCUCUGCCAUGCUGCACCAGGGAGCUAAAGAAUGCCAGUGUGAUCCUCAGGGUUCUCUCAGCACUGUGUGUGACCCCAGCGGAGGUCAGUGUCAGUGUCGGCCCAAUGUGGUCGGGAGGAACUGUGACAGAUGUGCACCGGCCACAUUUCAGUUUGGUCCCAGUGGCUGCAGAGCUUGUGAGUGCGACCCUCAGGGUUCACACACUCCGUUCUGCGACCAGCUGAGCGGUCAGUGCGUUUGUGUAACGGGAGCGUACGGUCGACAGUGUGACCGCUGUUUGCCGGGUCACUGGGGCUUCCCCGCCUGUCGACCCUGCAGCUGCAACGGACACGCCGACGAGUGCGACGCGCAAACUGGACGCUGCCUGAACUGCAGAGACCACAGCAUGGGACACAGCUGCGACAGGUGUCUUGAUGGUUACUAUGGUGACCCAGUGCUAGGUUCAGGCGACCACUGCCGCCCCUGCAUGUGUCCAGACGGCCCUGGCAGUCUACGGCAGUUCGCAGGAAGCUGUUACCGCGGUGACGAGUCACAGCAAGCCAUCUGCGUCUGCAACACUGGAUACAGAGGUGCUCGCUGUGAUGAGUGUUCACCUGGUUACUAUGGAAACCCCAGCGAGCCAGGUGGACAGUGCCAGCCUUGUCAGUGCAACAACAACAUUAACAUGUUGGACCCCGACUCCUGCGACAGACGAACCGGCGAGUGUUUGCGCUGCUUGUAUCACACCGAGGGCCCCGGCUGCCAGAUUUGCCAACUGGGUUACUACGGCAACGCGCUCCGGCAAGACUGUAGGAAGUGUGUGUGUAACCAUCUGGGCAGCGAGCCGUCCAGCUGCCCGUCCACAGAUGAGUGUCACUGCGAUCGCAACAGCGGUCAGUGUCACUGCUUGCCCAAUGUGAUUGGUCAGCACUGCGACCGCUGCGCGCCCGACACCUGGAACAUGGCGAGUGGCCACGGCUGUCAGACCUGCGACUGCAACCCCAUACACUCAUAUGGGACGUCCUGCAACGAGAUCAGUGGUCAGUGUUCCUGUCAACCGGGCUUUGGAGGAAGAACAUGCAGCGAAUGUAGAGAGCUGUUCUGGGGAAAUCCAGAGGUCAAAUGUUACGCAUGCGAAUGUGACCCUCGCGGUAUCAAGGAGCAGCAGUGCCAUAAAUCCACCGGUCACUGUGCGUGUGUCGAGGGUGUCACCGGACCACGCUGUGAUGUUUGCGCCCGUGGAUUUUCGGGCACUUUCCCAGACUGCCGUCGCUGCCACCAGUGCUUUGCCGACUGGGACGCUGUCAUCGGUCAGCUGACCAAUCAAACGCACCGGCUUGUCAAUAAAGUCAAUGCCAUUAAAGCCAGCGGGGUCACUGGGCCGUACAGGAAAACCAUUGAGAGUAUGGAGAAGAGUGCAGCUGAAAUCCGGACCAUCUUAAACCAGAACCCGGCGUCCCAGCCACUGACGGAGAUCCAGGAUUCACUGCAGCGGGCCAGUGAGUUGAUGGAGACCCUGAGCCGCUCACUGAACCUCACAGAGCAGACGCUCAUUCAGGCGGCCGACCAGGACGAAGGUGUCAACAGCAAACUGGACUCUUUGACGGCGGACACCAAGAAACUGGAACAGACCAUCCAGGAGCUGCUGGAUCAGGUGGAGUUCAUCAAGAACUCAGACAUCAGAGGGGCGUCGGACAGUGUCACUAAGUACUUCCUGCAGUCUCAGGCAGCUGAAGCUCGAGCAAAUGCAUCCACAGUGGAUCCAAACAGCCCCGUGGAAACCUCUGCCACCUUACGGGAGCUCACAGAGGACAAAAUGAACCAAACCAAAGAUGAGUUUGUGAAGAAGCACAAAGACCAUGCUCAGAGACUGGAUGACCUGGCAGGAGAGCUGCAGAGUUUGGACCUAUCAGAGCUCAGCCAGAAGACCUGUGGCAGCCCAUCGGGUCAGGACUCGUGCUCGUCGUCACCCUGCGGCGGUCUGGGCUGCGUGGACUCUGAGGGACAGACCAGGUGUGGAGGUGAAGGAUGCAACGGCGUCCUGACAUUGGCAAAGAGUGCCUGGCUGAAAGCUCAAGACUCAGAAAAGGAGAUUAUCAGCGCCAUGGAGGAAGUGGAGAAACUCUCUAAAAUGGUGUCAGAAGCCAAGCUGAAAGCAGAUGAGGCAAAGCUGAGUGCUCAGGACGUCCUGAUGAAAACCAACAGGACGAAACAAAGAGUUGACCAGAGCAACGAGGAGCUGAGGAGCCUCAUCCGACAGAUCAGAGACUUCCUAACGCAGGACGCUGCAGACCUGGAGAGUAUUGAACUGGUGGCGAACGAGGUUCUGGUGAUGCAGAUGCCAACGACACCGGCUCAGCUGCAGAACCUGACCGAUGAGAUCCGACAGAAGGUGGGAGAACUGGGACACGUAGAGACCAUCCUGCAACAGAGCGCUGACGACAUCCAGAGAGCUGAGAACCUGCUGGAUCAGGCCCGACGGGCCAGUAAGGAAGCUGCAGAUGUGAAGGACUCCGCUGCAAAGGUCAAACAAGCUCUUGAAGAAGCACAGAGAGCUCAGACUGCGGCCAGCAGCGCCAUCCAGCAGGCGGCCGCCGACAUCCAGACCACCAACAACCUGCUGUCCUCCGUGGAGUCAGAGACUGCAGAGGCUGAGUUGAAGCUGAACAACGCCACCCAGAGGCUGCAACAGCUUGAGCAGGAUGUCACACUACUAAGAGAAAAAGCUCUGAACGUCACUCAGAGCACUGAACAAACCAAUCAGGAUGCAGCGAGCAUUGGGAAGCUAGCAGAAGCGAUACAGAAGGACCUGGACUCUGAAGUCAAGGAUAAAUAUGCUACAGUGGAACAGCUGAUUGGUCAGAAGGCAGGGGGCGUGGCUGAUGCCAGGAAGAGGGCGGAGUCACUACAACAAGAAGCCAAAGCGCUGCUGCUGCAGGCCAGCAACAAGCUACAGCUGCUGAAAGAUCUAGAGAAAUCGUAUGCAGACAACCAGCGAACUCUGGAGCUGAAGGCCGAGCAGCUGGUGGAACUGGAGGCCGCCGUGAAGGAGCUGCUUCAGGAGAUCAGCCACAAGGUCACGGUCUACAGCACCUGUCUGUUCUAGGGUCAGAGGUCACAAGGGUCAUCCUGAAUUAUGGCAUAAGAAGAAGAAGACACUGAACUGAUUUAAAGGAGCAUUCCACUCACUUUUAGCCUUCAACUGUGGUAUAAUGGCUAAAAGUUCAGUCUGUUUGACAAUCACAGAAGAAAACCAAAAAUGAAACGUUUAACCCCCAAAUGUAAGGACAAGAAGGCAUCCUCACAAAUAUUUACACUCUGCUUAUACACACAAACAAACCGAGAAAACACUGAAUUUAAGUUAGAAGAAUCUGAGAAUGUAACAAGAAAAUAAAAAGGGUUUGACCAUGACUAGGAAUAAAUUGAAUUAAAAAAAGUUGAACUGAUGAAUGUAAUCGGUUGUUUUAAAAGAAAGUGUCCAACCUUCAGUAACAUCAGCUGAAUAAAAUCUGUUGAAUGUUUCUGUGAAUGUAAAACAUCUUUCAGUUCCACUGUAAAUGGUUUAAAUUGAAUGUGAAACCAUGUGAUUUUAUACGUCUUGUAUUUUAUAUUUGUAUGUCCUUGGCCAAAACAUUGAACAAAAAAUAUUUUUAAUAAAACCCUCCAGAUACA